AUGUCAAAAUGGAUUUGGAGAUUUUUAAGUGAAGAAAAGUCCAUAUGGAGUGGUGUGUUGGAAGGAAGGUAUGGAAGUGUGAGCAAUAGAAUAUGGGGAUGCCAAGAGCCUAUUUCAAUAUCAAUGGAAUCUCUAUGGUGGAGAGACCUUAUGGAGAUGUGUGGGGAGGAGGGAGGUGCAAUGAAGAAAAUCAAUUCCAGAUUAGGCGAUGGACACUCCAUUCUGUUUUGGAAAAGUAAAUGGUUUGGGGCAGAGGCUUUGUAUCUUCAGUUUCCAGCUCUAUUCAAUGAGAUUUCUUUCAAACAUAUCUCUGUUCUUGAGGCUGGCUUUUGGAAGGAUGCAACGUGGGAAUGGAAGCUUAUAAAAGGUGAAGAGGUGUUGGGGAGGGAGGCAUCGCUGGAGAUCAGGGAACUGCUUCACUGUUUGGGCGGUAUUUUCCCUAAGGUAGGUAUCAAGGACCGUCACGUAUGGCCUUAUGAGAGCUCCAAUUGUUUCAGUGUGAAAUCAUGCUAUAUUUUGUUCAAUCAAAAUUCUGUUGUGGUGCCUUCGGUUGGUCUAAUGGAGAGCCUUAGAUGUAAUUGGAAAGCGGCAUUGCCUUCAAAGGUGCAGAUCUUUGGAUGGAGACUGCUAAGAGACAGGAUCCCAACUAGGCGACAACUUCUUAAUAGGAAUAUUAUAUCUCUUCAGCAGGAAGUGAGGUGCGUCUUUUGUGAAGGUCAGAUUGAAGAUUCAGGGCAUAUUUUUCUGCAGUGCCCUAUGUUAGUAUCAUUGAAGUGGAGAGUCUUUUCGUGGCUGGAAAUUCAAUUGCCUAAUGUAGAAGAUUGUUGUGAAUUUUUGUUGGUUUGGACUGAACAACUGCAGGGUACCAUGAAGAACAACAUUGCUGCUGCCAUUUGGUUAACAUUCUGUUGGUGUAUUUGGAAGGUAAGAAAUGAGAUUAUAUUCACCAAUGCAAAGUUGGAUAUAGAUGAACUAUACUACAAGAUUGUUUGGUAUUCCUGGUGGUGGUUAUCAUCAACUUCACAGCUUAAGUGUAAUUUCUAUGAGUGGUAUAAAAACCCUCUUCUUUGUACACAUUGUUAG